AUGGUGUUGAGGAAAGUGGGGAAGUAUGAGAUUGGGAGGACGAUUGGGGAGGGAACUUUUGCGAAGGUGAAAUUCGCUCAGAACACAGAAACUGGAGAGAGCGUGGCCAUGAAGGUGCUCGACCGUAGCACCAUCAUCAAACACAAGAUGGUCGACCAGUUAGGCAUCCUUAUGUUGUUCGCCUGUACGAGGCAUGUUCUUGCAAGCCGUACUAAGAUUUAUAUCAUAUUGGAGUUCAUCACGGGUGGUGAAUUGUUCGAUAAAAUUAUACACCAUGGCCGUCUUAGUGAAGCUGAUUCUAGAAGAUAUUUCCAACAGCUUAUUGAUGGUGUAGAUUAUUGCCACAGUAAGGGUGUUUAUCACAGAGAUUUAAAGCCUGAAAAUCUUUUACUUGAUUCACUAGGAAAUAUAAAGAUUUCCGAUUUUGGUUUGAGUGCAUUGCCUGAACAGGGAGUGAGUAUCCUACGAACAACCUGUGGGACUCCAAACUACGUAGCUCCUGAGGUACUCAGUCAUAAGGGUUACAACGGUGCUGUGGCAGAUGUUUGGUCCUGUGGGGUUAUUCUGUAUGUCCUACUGGCUGGAUAUCUUCCCUUUGAUGAGCUUGAUCUAAACACCUUAUAUAGUAAGAUUGACAGAGCAGAAUAUACAUGCCCUCCUUGGUUUCCCGUGGGAGCCAAAUCAUUGAUAAAUAGAAUUUUGGACCCAAAUCCUGAAACUCGUAUAACCAUUGAACAGAUAAGAAAUGAUGAAUGGUUUCAGAGGAGCUAUGUUCCUGUUAGUCUUCUUGAGUAUGAAGAUGUAAAUCUUGAUGAUGUAAAUGCUGCUUUUGAUGAGGCUGAGAGGGCUGAUCAACACUGUGAUAACGAGGACAUGGCACCUCUAAUGCUUAACGCAUUUGACUUGAUAAUUCUGUCUCAAGGCUUAAAUCUUGGAACAAUCUUUGAUCGUGGACAGGACUCUGUGAAGUAUCAAACCCGCUUUAUCACUCAAAAGCCAGCAAAGGUGGUUUUAUCAAGUAUGGAAGUGGUGGCACAAUCAAUGGGAUAUAAGACACACAUUCGCAACUACAAGAUGAGGGUAGAGGGUGUUUCAGCAAAUAAAGCAUCCUAUUUCUCGGUCAUCCUGGAAAUUUUUGAAGUGGCUCCUACAUUUUAUAUGGUGGACAUUCAAAAAGCAGCUGGAGAUACUGGUGAAUACCUCAAGUUUUACAAGAACUUUUGUAGCAAUCUUGAGGAUAUAAUCUGGAAACCACCUCAUGAACCAAGCAAAUCAAGGAUCUCCAAGACCAAUAUCAAAAGACGAUAA